AUGGCUUUGGAAUUAGCAAAAAAUAAUUUACCAAUAACAAAUCAAAUGGUGGCUGGAGGGUUAGCUGGAUUAUGUCAAAUAGUAAUAACUACGCCAAUGGAAUUGUUGAAAAUACAAAUGCAGGAUGCAGGACGGAUAGCUGCUCAAAAUAAAAAAGCUGGAAUAGCCACUCCUAAGAUAUCAGCUACUGAAUUAACUUUUGGACUUAUUAGAGACAAAGGUAUUUUGGGUCUAUAUAAAGGAACUGGUGCCACUAUGCUGCGAGAUGUUUCAUUUUCUGUUGUUUACUUUCCUUUGUUCGCUACUCUUAAUGCACUGGGUCCAAGAAAAAGUGCGGAUUCUAAUGAAGCAGUUUUUUGGUGCUCCUUCUUAUCUGGCUGCGCUGCUGGAUCAAUGGCGGCAUUAGUUGUCAAUCCAUUUGACGUAGUUAAAACAAGAUUGCAAUUACUGACCAGGGCAGAAGGUGAAAUGGCCUACAGCGGUGUACUAGACUGCAUAACGUAA